CCAAAAAUAAACUCAUAGCUGCCAACAGUAUAAAUCGAUAUCAGUUCAGCGUGGAACGUGAAUUUUGGUAGCUGUGUUUUUAUUAACCUUAAACGAAUCUAUCGAUUCUUCGUUCAAAAAGGGAAAGCAUAAGCUGAUUUAUUCAAUUGCAGCUGGAAACACUCGUUUUGUAAAGGUUACUCCCCUUAAUAAGUCAUGAGUAAAAUGGAACACAAACCAGUGGAGCCAAAUUUAAAAAGAAGAAAAAGCGAAUCCAAAGAAAGCAACGGUGAAAGCUCCAAACGAUUGAUUCUUACUAACAAUAAACCUAUUGAACCUUAUAUAAACAAUGAAACAUGUUACAAAAAACGAGGUGGAGUAACUAAUGAUGGAUUCGAUUAUGAGACAAAGUUGUUGGCUAUGGUUUUACUGCGGAUGCUUCAUGCUGACAAUAUUGAAUCCUUCUAUAUGGCAAGUAACCUCGAUGGUGUGGGCAACUUCGAUGAUAUCGUACUGAGGAUCAAAGAAAAAGGAAAGGAAAACAUUCGGGUGCAAUUCCUUCAGGCUAAACAUAAAAAACGAAAUACAUCUCUCAAAAUGAUCGUUUGUGAUGAUUCGACUGAAUCUAAAGAACCUUUUUCAAAGGAUCGCAAAAAAAAUAAAAAUAAAAAAAUGUCAGACGAUCCAAAGAUUUUGUUACUUUCGUCAUACUUUGUAAGUUUCAUACUAAUACGAGAAAAGUUUGAUGCAAAUAAGGAAGAUAUAAUAUUUCGAGCAGAACACGAAAAAAUAGAGGUGGAGCUGAUAUUUUUCACACCAGCAGAGAUAGAAUAUCCAAAUGGAUUGAAGGGCUUUCAAGUAAAUAUGGAUGACAAAUUAAAAACCUCGAAAGGAAAGUCAUCGGCGAUACAAUUUUCAAGUGUUGCAGGCCAGAAAACUUGUUUUUCUUCAUUAAAAGAAUUCUCGAAAAAGUGGCACAAUGACAACAACAAAACACAACUUUCUGACGCUCAACACAACAAACUAAUCGAAGAUUUUUUUAAAAAUUUAACAAUUUAUUCAGGACAGGCUUUAGCAACAGAAAUGGAUUCCAUUAUUAUAGAUAAAAUACAAAGUUUGAGCAAUAAAAAUUAUACAGCUGAUUCAAAGAAAAAUGGCCAACUCACCGGGGAAGACAAUGAUGCUUUACUGCCCCAGGAUAUGACCACGUUAUUUCCACUCGACAAUACCAACAUUUACACAAAAUUCCUAGGAGCUUUACAAAAAUGGUGGAGACAGGAGUGUGCAGUAGAAUACCAAACUGAAAAAAGCAAGUUUUUCGUUGAUGCUGUUAAUAGAGAAAACUUAACAUUAAUUAAUUCGAUUAAUUUAAAUAAAAUAGGCAGACAAUUUGUUCAAUUCAAACAAAACAUUAUUCAAAAUCUAAUACGCUUAUCAAAAUGGCAAACAAUUAUCGAGCAAAUCAAAAAAGAGGAAGCAUUCUUUGUAAAUAUUUUCAGUGAAACACCUUUACUUAGCUGUGUGAAAGUUUAUCAGAUUUGUCAAGAAAUUCCUAGGGAGUGUUUGUUUUUGACAGGAACUAAUUCUGAAAUAAACAGCAUUAAGGAAAACAUUUCAAAUGCUGAAUGUUUGAUCAUUUUUUAUCUUCCACAACCAACUAAAAAAAUAAUUGAAAGUAUCAGGAAGACGGCAAAAAAAAUUAUUUUUGUUACAAAGUCAGAAUAUAUACACGAAACCAAUUCAAUAGAAGAUAAAACGGAAAGUGUUUUAGAUUUAGAGGAAAAAGGGCUUAAAGAUUUUUUUAAAAAGCAUGUUAAUUUUCAAGGAACUUUGACAACAUUAGAAAAACUAAUGGAUUUUACCUCUAUGCCUAAGCCAUCUUUAGAUACACUUACUUUGGAAAAACUUAUAAGUGUGAAAAGUUUUGACAUAUCAGAUAAUAUUUUUUCAACGAUUCAAUCAGAUUCUUGUAAUUACAUCGAUAGGGUUCUCUUUAACCGAGAGCUGCAAGUUGAUAAAAACAUUAGUGAAAUUGAUAAUAAAACAGUGAUUGUUGUCGCAGAUCCCGGUAUGGGGAAAUCAACUUUGUUAACACAGUUUGCCUUAGCUAUGAAACAAAUGUACCCUUUGAAAUGGAUAGUACGAAUAAACUUGCUGGACCAUUCCAGUCAAUUUUACUCCUGGAAAAACACAGAAAAAAAAUUGGAUAAAAAUGAUGCUUUUGAUUUUUUGACAAAGGUGAGCUGCAACGUAACCAGUCAAAUAAAUAUCUUAGAAAAAAAAUUGUUCCGCUAUUAUUGCGAAGGAAACAAAAUAAUACUGCUAGUCGACGGUUUCGAUGAAGUUAAACCUGAUUAUUCCGAUAUUGCGGUACAAUUGCUGGAAAUUUUCUCUGAAAAUUUUACUGAUAAACUGUGGUUAACAACUCGUAUGAAUGUACCGACAAAUAUUGUUAGUAAAUUAGACGCACUAAUUUACUAUUUGAAUCCUUUUUCAGAGGCUCAAACACAACAAUUCUUGUGGAAUGUUUGGAGAAAAGAACUUAAUCUCAAACCAGAGCAAAAAACUUUUUUUUACAAAUAUUUUAAGCAACUUCUGUUGCAUUUGCCUAAACUUGAAUGUAAUACUCAAGCAAUCGUAUCUGAUUUUUCUACAACAUUGAUUAGUGUUCCACUGCAUGCACAAAUGAUAGCAAUGAUCUGCCAAGACCAUUUCAAAGAGUAUUGUGAAAAACCUAACAAUAAACUGCAAUUUCAAAAAAUUGAUCUAGUUACCAUGUUUGAUAAGUUUAUUAAUUUGAAGUUCAAUGUUAUUUUGAUGGAAGAAAAGCAUAGAGUUGAUAUCACGAUGCCAAUCAUUAAUAAACAAGUUAAAAAAGAAUAUGAGCAGUGCUUAAAAAACCAUAAAAUCGCUGCAGCCUCUUCUUUAUUCAACAAUAAUGACAGCAAUUUGUUUAGUAAGGAAGAUAAAACUGGUGUCGACCAGCUUCUAAAUGAUGUAAAAAAUUGUGUUGAAAAAACAGGAAUCAUUUCACGAGGAGACAAAGAAGAAUUUACAUUCGUCCAUCGUAGUUACGCAGAAUAUUUUGCCGCUAUGUUUAUUUGGGAGGAAUUUUGUGCAUCAGACAUUGAAAAAUUUGAGAAAUUUACAAAUAAAUUUUUGGAUCGUCUUAUCAAAGACGAUCAUGUUCAAUUAACUAAUUUUUUGCUGGGAAUGGCACAGAAUAUUAAAGAUGACUGCAAGGAAAUUGUCUUUAAAGCAACUAGCUUGUUAGAUACACUCCUGAGCUGGCUGGAUAGCAGUGGAAAGAAAGAAAAUAAAGUCAUUUCUUUGUUAUUGGGUGUUGUUGAAUUAUCUAUUAAUUCAAACGAAGAUUGCGAAAAUGUGGUGAAGGGAAUAAAACGGGAUUCCUUGAAAACGUUGUUUUUUAGAGCAUCGGAAAAUGGGUAUACUGAACUUAAUGCUGUUUCAUUGAAAGAAAUGCCUGAUUUAAUAAAUGACACCACGCAAGAAGGCUGGUCAGCGCUACACUUUGCAGCUGUUGCCGGUCAAGGAGAAAUAGUAACUGAUUUGAUAGAACGAGAACAUAAAAUUAACGAAAUCACUUUUGAUAAUGGACAGAGUGCAUUGCACAUGGCAGUUGAAAAGGGACAUUUAGAUAUUGUUGAAAUUUUGUUGCGUAACAAAGCUGAUGUAAAUAUCAGUACUACAGGUACUGGAGUCACUGCUCUACAUUUAGCUUCCGAAAAUGGUCAUACAGAAACGGUGGAACUAUUGUUAAAGAACCACGCGAAUGUUGACAAGAAAACAAUUAAAAACGGUUCUACGGCUUUGCUUUUGGCAUCCAAGAAAGGUCAUACAGCCGUUGUUGAACUUUUGUUAGCAUAUGGAGCGGACCCCAACAUAAAAACAGAUUAUUGGGGAUUUUCGCCACUAUACUGGGCAGCACGUAAUAAUUCGAUUGAAAUAGUAUCAUUAUUAGAAGGCAAGGGUGCUGGCAUUGAUACGGUUACUUAUUUUGUUGGCCAUACUGCGAUGCAUAUUGCAAUUUUAUACGGACAUACUGAAAUUGUGGAGUUCCUGUUGGCAAAAGGUGCAAACAACGAAUGUUAGUAUUUUACCACAGGAGCUCGGCGUAUAGAAUGAUACCAUUAUCAUUUGAAUUAUGAGACAAUACAAAAUUGACUGCAUA